UGCAGCUCCACUGAGUUUGGGGAAGAUGGAGGAUGACGAAGGUUACACGGUAUUGAACCUCCGGCCGAAGAGGGGAAACUCAGCCAGUCCGUCUCCAGAUGGACGCCAAGGAUGUUGUUACAAAGCUUGUCAGGGCUCCUGUCCAAAAGGAAACCCUGCAGAAAGCGACGGUGUCACUCAGAGAACCGGAAGUGGAGGAGAACGCAACGCCAGCCUGGAGGACUUGUUUUCUCGUCUGAAGCAGAGUCUGUGCGAUCCAGCCCAGAUAAGCUCAGCAGGUGGCUCCGGGUGCAAACUCUGCCCCAGCGACUGGCUGCUGCACCGGGACAAGUGCUACUGGCUGUCUAAGGAGGGUAACACCUGGAGCAAGAGCCGUGACGACUGUUCAAGGAAGGGAUCUCAAAUGCUGGUGAUCCAGGACUGGGAACAGCUGAAUGACCUGCAGCCUGUCAUACCAGCUGGUCAUGCUGUUUGGAUUGGAUUAUCAUUUAACUCUACACAGAGGAAGUGGACCUGGGUGGACGGUGCCCCUGUCCAUGAAGAACUGGUCCCAGAAUCAAGUCAGGGUGCAGAGAGCAACUGUGGAGAGUUAAUAAAGACUAAGAUUGAUUAUGACGUCUGCGACACUGACUUAAAAUGGCUCUGCCAGAAAGCAGCUUUCCCGCUAUAG